AACGAUGUGGCAACAUUGUUUGAUGUAUUCUGUGAAGUAGGUGCCGGUAUGGAGAGUGGUAAAGGUAGUAAAAGUGUUUGUGCGAUAAUAUUACAAAAAUAUCCAGACGAUUUUAAUGAUGAACAAACCCUCAAAUCCGUCACGCAGUUCUCAUUCCCAUGCGGUCUUGACGACGACGAUGUUGAGGCUGUUCAACUUUUCUCAUUUGUAUUGACCGAUCAGAAAUCACAAUACACAUACGCAUUUUGCCGUCAUACUCCACGCAAUAACACUUGCUUGUGUAUACUCAGGGGUAGGAUUGGGAACCCGGAAGCCUCGUUGGUGUUCGAAGCCCAACCUAACCAUAGAAUAAGGUAUGUGGUAGUGCAGUUCAAUGUAAAAUAUCAUCAUCAUUUCGGGAUGCGUUCUCAAAAGUUCCUUUUUAGUGGUCUUCCAUGGGCAAGUACAUUUUAUACGAUACUGAAUCACAUUACGACAGUUAUGAACACAAAAGAUACAAGUGAUUUGGAAUCGAUCUUAACUUGUGCAUAUCAUACUCCGAUACCUAGGCCUGGUGGACAGCUUCGGAUUGAAUCUACUCUCGGUCAGAACAAACUCGAACUCACAGUACCAGAUUGCAGUCGUUUGCCAACGCUGCGAGAGGAUAAAUAUAUGCUAGAAUUUUACAACGCGAUUCCAGAAAAGCAAAUGAUUAGUUUGUACGCGAGUCUUUUGAAAGAGCGACGAAUUAUUUUUACGGGUCGUAAAUUAAGCCAACUGUCAUCGUGUAUAUUCGCUGCCGCAACAUUGCUUUAUCCAAUGUAUUGGCAAAAUUUAUUCAUACCUGUCUUGCCAGCUGAUCUUAUUGAUAUGUUAAUGGCACCUAUGCCGUAUCUUGUUGGUGUUCCCAAGAAAACUUUCCUGAAGACGAAACAGUCGGAUAUCGGUGAAAUAGUUGUUGUUGAUAUUGACAGUCAAGUGCUGCAAACAUCUCAUAAUGAUCUCAGUGAUCUUCCAUCCGAAGUUAUCGCUUUUCUGCGGCAUCAGUUGCGAUCUUCAUCACAAAUCUUCGUAUCAGACGCUUUUGCACGCUCCUUUCUAAGAACGAAUGUUUUUUUGUUCGGUGGGUAUCGUCUAGGUUUAACGUUUGGUUCAUCUUCAAAAGUCACUUGGAAUCGUGAGAAGUUUGUCCAGAGCCAACGAGCUUCACUGCAACCUUUUUUAAGAUCGUUACUCGGUCAGGAUGGUGUUCAGUAUUUGGAAAGGUUUAUCGAGGAGCGAUUAGAAGCACUUAAUAAAGGUGUUCCAAUCGAUGAUGAGUUCGAGAGGGAAUCUCGAUUGUUUGAUUCGAAUACUAAGCAGCAUCCCUUGAAAGCAUCAAAUUUGGUAGCAAUUACGAAUCCAGAAGUAUUGCAACAAGCCGUUUCAACGGUUUGUUCUUUAAACUUUAUUUCUGUUAUGCCAGUUGCUUGUCUUAUGUAUGUGUAUCAUGAUUUCAAAGAGCGGUUGGGUCGUUUAACUCCAAAAGAGAUGCGUCGAUCACCAAUGUCAAUUUCAACAUCAAAUAAAUACGUAGCUCAUUGGGAUGAUGAAGAUGAUGACGAUAACGAUAACGAUAAAAAUAAUGCAUCAGGAUUGUCAUUUGUUGAUGCCCAGUCAUGGUUGAUUAACAACUACAACAAAACUGGUGGCGAAGAUUACUCAAGUGCCCAGGCUACGCAGCCGACUAGCAGUUUUACUGUCGACCAUUUGAACGAGCGUCGUGAUGAUGGUUGUGAACAACAUUUACCAUCUAAAGAUGCACGGCAAGAAUCAUCUUCGUCAGAUUUAAUUGAUUUGCGCAGCAGUUCAGAAAGUGACGACCGAAGUGAGUUAUCAUUAUUUUUAAAAGCAUGUCCGAGUGAACCGUCUGGCAGUAAAGAUGCUCCGCCUGAGUUCAUUGAUCAACCGUCAUCAUCAACAGUGUCGAACAAUACUCAUCUAAACUCCAACGCGAAACCACUUCAUUCUACCGUUAUUCAUGAUAUUACCUCAAGUUCAUCCUUGCAGUCCACUGCAAAUGGACAGUGCUUCAGUGAUAAAGGUUGUAACGAUGGAACAACUUUCCAUAACGAUCCAUUCAAUUUUGAUCUUUUUACAUCGUUUAAUACUUCUCGACCGAAUUCAUACGAUCAACCCUCAGAUAAUACAAACACUAGCACUGCCAUUUUUGCUCGUCAACAAUGGGAACGUUUCGAUUAG